AUGCCUGCCGAGUCAUCAAACUCACAGGAUGGCCCUGUCAAGAGACAGACAGAUCAGAUAGCACCGGAAACAUCGCUAGGAACUGCUAAGGAUGUCCGUUCACCAGACUCGCACGGUGGAUCCAAGGCGGGGGACCAUGACGUCGCAAGGGGAACAGGAGUUUGCCGACAAACCGUGCCCGCUUUAAAUAUUGUUAUUCAAGUCAUCGGUUCUCGAGGCGACAUUCAGCCAUUUGUGGCUUUGGGGAAAAAGCUCAAAAAGCAAGGGCAUCGUGUUCGUGUGGCCACCCACGAGAAAUUCAGAGACUUUGUUCUUCAGGCUCAUCUUGAGUUCUUCGACAUCGGUGGAGAUCCUGAACAGCUAUUCUUCAGUGCGAUUGGAAAUAUCGUCACCGGCCUCGUAACCGCCCCCGCAGGUAUUGUUACGAAUGUGAUCUCCGUACGUCGCGUUCUCACCCGUCCCCACGCGCAUAGCGAUCCUCAAACCCAGUGUGGAUGUACAGAUCAUGGCACAGAUCAGGAAAUGCCAGACAGCACAGAGGGCAAUGGAGAUAUCGAUACUACCACAACAAGGGAUCUUUGCCAGCAUCUUAAUGAGGACGCACGGAAUUUGAAUGAAAAGCCAGAGAGUGUUCUUCACCCGGAGGCACCCACAAUGAUCCGUAGCAACGUUCCAACCGUUGGAUUUCAUGGAGUUGUGUCAGAAUUAACAGUGCAUGGCGUAAGAGGGUUAAAAAAGCUCGCAAGAAUGGCCUUGUGGCUACCCACAGAUAUCACUAUUACCCUGGCUAAAGGGUUUCGCAAUGCCCCGAAGCUAUAUCACGAUUAUGCGAUUCCACCCAAUCCAAUUUUGACUGGACUUCGAAGUGGUUUGAAGGCUGCCGGAAAUGAAUUCACGGGCGGCUUGUACCACGGAAUCACUGGUUUGGUCAUUCAGCCCAGGGAUGGUCUAAAAUCGGGCGGGGGCAAGGGGUUGGCUAAAGGAGUUGGGAAAGGUAUCGGUGGGCUUGUAUUGAAGCCUGUUGCUGGCAUAUGGGGGUUGGUAGGAUAUCCUUUAGGCGGCCUACGCAGGGAGCUUCUCAAAUCUCUGGGCAAAGAGGUAGAGAGAAAGAUCAUCCGAGCACGAAUUUUGCAAGGCUCAGAGGAGGUCGAGGCAUCAUCUUAUGUGCAAAGAGUCGAGGUCAAGAGAUGGGAUCGACUUCAGAGAUGA